AUGCAUAGACUGUUUAGAGCCCUUUCCACCGGACUUUCCGCUACUGGCCGUGACAGGUAAGUCGUUUUUUGGGCACGGACUCGUGGUAUUGUCCCCAAAAAAGAGCUGGCCAUUGUCCGUUUGCAAAGUGUUGGCCAUCAGCCCACUGUCCAAGAAACUCUACGUUCCGGGUCAGCACCGGAUUCCACGGGGAUGAGGCCUCCGGUGUCUUCAGAAUCCCUCAAAAGAACCUCCGAUUCGGAUGUGGUGGCACGUUGGAACAUCCCCAUGAGUGAUACCGUGUAUCAGAUCGAGUUUGAGCAUGGAACAACCACCGGGAAGAGGAUCGUCAGAGUGAAUGGACGGGUACGGAACUUGAUUCGGACUCAGCCUCAGUUCAGGAGGUCGUCAGACACGACUGGCUGUUCAAGUUGGUGGGACGUGAGGUCUUUGAGAUCAACGGAGUCCGGUGUGUAAUCAACAUUGAAGCCAUUGGGAUCUUUGCCUAUGAGUACAGCAUCACUGUCAAUGGGAAAACUUAUGAGAAAUUCAAGGAGGAACAAAACAAAUCCCUCAAAAUGUGGCAUGUUCGGCUUAACGAGAAUGAUAUCCGUGUCGUUCUAGGUGAGUUAACAAGUUAAGCACACUGUUUCGAUUUAGAAAAAGAUUCGAUGGAGGUCUGGGUGAAUGGAGACAAAGUGAACACCACUGUAAGUCCGUGUUCAGAUUCUCUUGGCAUCCAAUUACUGCUUCAAAAAUCUCAUUUCCGUUGUUUUUUAAUUAGAUUCAAAAACGCUUAUAAGUGUUCUUGCAGGGAAUAUUCGUGGAUGAUGGGACCGAAACUCACUUUGAGAUUGGUUCAAACGUUGCUUUCAUAAAGACCGAAAGUAGUGGAAGGAGAGCCAAGGGAAUUGUAUACAAGCUCUACGUAAAUGGGGAUCUCAUUGAAGCAAUAAAUUGA